CCGGCAUCGCCACGUUGGCCUUGUCCCCGUGAGUGGUGGCGACCGGCACAAGAUCGAUUUUUGUCCCCAUCUUAAUGAGAUAAAGAGGGUGAACUGCUACGCUUCAACGCGUCUGCCUACCGUGCGUGGCGCUCUAUAACACAGAACUCGAUGAAGCCGCCCCGUUAUCCCCCAGAUAAUCGCAUUGAGUCGGCAGGCACACCGACAGAUCUGCCAGCUCGAUCCGCCGCCGUGAACGCCCCCCUCGCGUUGCCGGGCAGCGGCGCUCCUUCCAGCUGAGCGGCUCGGGAUACUUGGAGCGCCGGGGGUGACGUCAGCGCUCCAGACGGGAAGGCGGUCGGACCCCUCAGUCAUCCCUGGGAAGAGGCGACGGCGCCCGGGCUGGCAGCAUCUCGGCCUCGCGUGGCAUCAGGCAGAAACGGCAGAUCGCGCGCGGCCCUAUGAAAUCUCCCGACCGGAUCCUGUCCGCUGUUCGGGUUGGGAAGCUGCGUGCCGGCGUACAUCCAAACCUCCCGAGGAAGCGCCGAAAGAAAGCAGCCGGACUGCAGCAGCAGCGGGGCACGGGGGUGGAGGACGAAGAUGGCCGGGAAUGGUAGCGGUUUUGCUUCAGGAUCUGGAGAAAUCGUGCAGCUGAACGUCGGCGGGACCAGGUUCAGCACUUCGAGGCAGACUCUUAUGUGGAUUCCAGACUCUUUCUUCUCAAGUUUGCUUAGUGGAAGAAUUUCAACAUUAAGGGACGAGACCGGAGCGAUUUUCAUUGAUCGUGAUCCUACAGCCUUUGCCCCCAUCUUGAAUUUUCUUCGAACCAAAGAACUAGACUUGAGAGGGGUGAAUAUCAACGUUCUACGUCAUGAAGCUGAAUUUUAUGGAAUUACGCCAUUAGUAAUACGACUGCUGCUUUGUGAAGAGCUUGAGCGGUCAUCAUGUGGCAGCGUUCUUUUCCAUGGAUACCUUCCUCCUCCCGCAAUUCCGAGUCGAAAGGUGUGCCCUUCUGCUGCCGCGGCCUCCACGCUUGAAGACCGAGCCUCCCAAACCUCUCAAGAAGCAAGCAGUUCCAGGACUUGUCCGCAGACCCCACUGGCAGGGGCCGCCGAGCGACCCACGCGGAUUGGUUCUCCUGUGGAUCCUCGCAAAGUGCUAAUAGUGGCUGGUCACCACAACUGGAUCGUUGCUGCUUAUGCCCAUUUUGUGGUGUGCUACAGGAUAAAGGAGUCAUCAGGGUGGCAGCAGGUUUUCUCUAGCCCUUACCUGGACUGGACAAUCGAGCGAGUCGCCCUCAAUGCCAAAGUGGUCGGGGGUCCUCAUGGCGACAAGGAUAAAAUGGUGGCCGUGGCCUCUGAGAGCAACAUUAUCCUGUGGAGUAUCCAGGAUGGCGGCAGUGGCAGCGAAAUAGGUAUAUUUAACCUGGGAGUACCGGUGGACGCUCUCUUCUUCAUUGGGAAUCAGCUGGUUGCAACAAGUCACACAGGAAAAGUCGGCGUGUGGAAUGCAGUGACGCAGCACUGGCAGGUGCAGGACGUCGUUCCAAUCACAAGCUACGACACUGCAGGAUCCUUUCUUCUCCUUGGAUGCAAUAAUGGAUCUAUAUAUUAUAUUGAUAUGCAGAAGUUCCCUUUAAGGAUGAAAGAUAAUGAUCUUCUCGUGACUGAACUUUAUCACGAUCCUUCAAAUGAUGCCAUCACCGCCCUGAGCGUCUAUCUCACCCCUAAGACUAGUGUAAGCGGAAACUGGAUUGAGAUUUCCUAUGGAACAAGCUCUGGAGCAGUACGGGUGAUUGUGCAGCACCCGGAGACGGUAGGAUCUGGGCCUCAGCUCUUCCAGACGUUCACAGUCCAUCGCAGUCCCGUCACGAAGAUCAUGCUGUCUGAGAAGCACCUGGUUUCUGUGUGUGCAGAUAAUAACCACGUGCGCACUUGGACUGUGACGCGAUUCCGAGGAAUGAUUUCUACCCAGCCUGGCUCCACUCCUUUGGCUUCAUUCAAAAUUCUGUCCCUUGAAGAAACUGAGAGUCACUGCAGCUAUUCAUCUGGAAAUGACAUUGGUCCGUAUGGGGAAAGAGAUGACCAGCAGGUUUUCAUUCAGAAAGUCGUCCCAAUUACAAAUAAGCUCUUUGUUCGUUUGUCGUCUACUGGCAAAAGGAUCUGUGAAAUCCAGGCAGUGGAUGGCACCACCAUUACCUCGUUUACUGUGCGAGAGUGCGAAGGCUCCAGCCGAAUGGGAUCGAGGCCCCGGAGGUACCUGUUUACUGGCCACGGAAACGGGAGCAUCCAGAUGUGGGAUCUGACGACUGCAAUGGACAUGGUGAACAAGGGCGAAGAUAAGGCCAAAAAGGAAGCUGAUGUAGGCGGCCCUACAGAAGAAGAGCUGCUGGACCUGCUAGACCAGUGUGACCUGAGCACGUCUCGCUGUGCCACCCCAAACAUCAGCCCUGCCACCUCCAUUCAGCAGCAGUCUCGGCUCAGGGAGUCGUGUUCCAGCCUCCAGCUGCACUCUCACGACACAAUGGCAGACAUCGCUACCUAUGGCGCUGUGAGGCCUUACAGGGAAAGCCCACUUUUGGCCAGAACAAGGCGCACAGAAAGUUUUCACAGCUAUAAGGAUUUCCAGUCUUUCACGUUAAGCAGAAGUCUCUUCGAGCGCGGAGGCUCCGAGCAUGGAAAUCUUUCCCUGAUGCCUUUAGCGGAGGUGAGGAGAUCCGUGCUUGACAACUGUCCUGUGGACAGAAGAAGUUUAGGAAUGGAAGUCUCUGCGAGUAGGAACUUAGACGGGCCAACGGAACCAGCCAGACCGCCAGUGGACAAUGCAACGAGUUCUAAGAAGAAGGGUCCAGAGGAGGAUACCGACGUCAAAUCAGAAGGCAAGAAAAAGAGCACUUUUGAUGGGAACUUUCUGGGGAGAAAGCGGGCGCCUCCACCUGCACCUCCACCCACCUCGCCACCCGCUGGGGCAGAAGGAGGGAUUGACCCAGCCAGCCCCGCUUCUCCUCCUCCACCACCACCGCCGCUGCCAUCAUCAUCAAACAAGGCAGCAUCUCCACACCAUAAAAAAGACGACUCAUCUUCUCAUGAGUACAGCUUAUAAGGAAGCAACGAGGCAAACGGACUCGGGACAUUUGAAAUGAGAGGGGAGUGUGAACGUCAAAGCUGUCUACUUGUAUAAACUGUAAAUGCAACAUCAAGUAUUCUGCACGAGUGACCCUUGAAACAGGAUCGCCUCAGCAUCUCAAGUGUAAUCCACAAUUUGAUAAUCCGCAGUUCACGUAGAGCGGCUAAUAUCGUCUGCUGUCUUAAAAUGCACUUUAUAUAAAGAUGUAACUAAAACACAACAUUUUUGUAAGCUAGACAGAGAACUCUGCAUGUAUUUAUUGUCUGCUGUUAAAUAAUACGCAAUGUAAUUAGUAUGACAAGGCCAUCCCAUAAUCCUCAUCCUGACCAUAAAAACAAAAGACCUGCUAUGUGCCGCUGCCAAAGGCCCAUUAGAUCUCACCUGAGGUGGACUUCUGGACUGGACUGGUCUGGAAAAGCAACAAGCGCCGUCCAUCAUGGCAGUCACCUUAGGGUUCUGCAAAGCACACCAUGAAAAGCUUUAACAUCAAAAAGAGAAAAAGGGGAACAUCACGAGGGAUGAAAGUGGAGUCUCUGCUUCCAUUACGGUGGCGGUGGCAACUGUCAAUGAGACUCCAUCUGCUGGCCCUAAUUCUACGUGGAGAGAGGCUGCCAGAUGGCACAGUUUUCUGCAAAUCAAAGUAUAAACAGCAUUUAGGUGAAGGCACUAAAAGUUUAUGUCUUGAAAUCCGUGACGUCACUCAAACCGGUUUAAAUUCACAGCUAAUUUGCCUGUGUGGUUUAGUGGCUAAAUCUCAGAACUCUCGAUUCCCAACCUCCAUCUCGGAAAACGUAAAGAAAAAGCAGCUGAACCCCUCAGACUGCGGCCUGGUGUUUCAAGUCAGAUUCUUCUGGUGUACAACGUGGCCAGCGAGUACAGUAAAGCAUUACAGGUGGCAUUCGAUGUUUGGAACGCACGAUCUCAAUCUAUAAUGCGGAAUGUUGAGAAGGUAGACGUUACCAUUACCAGAACGAAGAGUAAGUUAGCUUGAUACGCGCUGCUAAUCGUACGUUGGGCCCAGUAGUUGCUUUGUGCAAUUCUCUAAUUGCUGCUUCCAAGCAGACAUCGUUCUGUUUAUCGUUGUCAAGAGCGUAAACGAAUUUUUUUGAGAUGUGACAACAUCAGUUUCUUCUAUUGAUCCGGACUACAGAUCUUAUUAGUUAGCAGUUGUUGCUGGACCACCGGAAUUCUUGGAGACAUUCACGUUUACUUUCCCACUUGAAUAUCAUAAAUGUGAGGCGGUCGCGAAUGACGCAAUUGUGACUUCCAACUUCCCAGCUCCGCCAUUCGACGACUGCAGCAUGUUACAAAACAUUAGUGUUUCGAUCAUUUUGAUUGUCGUUCCUGUCUUAAAUAAUGUAACCUCAGACUCGGGAGACACAAUAAGACCUUGCAUCGAAUGUCGCACUACACAAGUUUCAGUGGGAGAGCAUGUUGCACUUUAUCACUGCAGUUGCUGGCUGUCAUGGCCUUGAGGAUUUCAAAUUACACAACUAGAAAUUAAACGACACCUUCAUGACUUCUCAGCACAGUUUGAAUCUGCCGAAGCAUCGUGAGCGGAGUGUGUUUUGACUGCCCGUCGGUGUUGAUGGCCACACAAAUGUUUUCCAGGUCACUUCAGCCCCAAUGUCGGCCCAUGUUUUUCCUUUUUCUCUUGGGUGACUGUCUUCUGUUUGUGUGACCCAAAAAACACACCUGAUUGUCUUCUUUCCUUGCAGCCACAUUGUAUGCACUGAUAGUCUUUGGUAAUCAACCCUCACGUCUGUUUAAUUUGGUCGUGCUGAGUCGCAGACUGCCAUGAUGGAUUCGCUGGUGGUGUCCGACUGGUGGUCAUGGGCACAUGCAACAAAUUAAAAAAAUGACGUACGUGAAAGCCAUGAAAGAAGAGCGCCCUAAAAGUCGCCUAGAUGGGGACCCGCUUAAUUCACAUGAGUGAGAGACUGAAUGAAGGCCCAACUGAGCUAAACUCACCCCGAAACGGACACGCCGUGUGCAGAUCUGCUGUUCUCCUUGUGCACACACUUGAGCCGCAGUCACGGCCCUCCCGACAAAUGAAGUAGCAAAUUGUGACACUCUUACAGGCCCGAGGUUCAGUGUCACAGGACUUGUCUACCACGUAUGAGUAUGGCCUACGCAGAAGACACCUGCUGUUUUGUAUGCUUAUUACUUUAAAUAUAAAUGUACAGUAUAACAAGACAUUUUUUGUAUGCUUAAUAUAUUUUUAAAUUUCGUAAUACGCACUUUCACAAGACACUUUACAAGAUGGCACUACAGGACAGUUGAGCUAUUCUGUUACGUCCUCUAAUUGUUGUAUCAAAUACGAGAUGUUUUAAAACACUAACACUCUGCUUAGCCAUUUCUAGCACUGGAUUACCGGGCUGUAGACGUCACAGCUUCAUGUAAAACUCUGAUAUGCUGCUUAUGCGUUUGAAAUGAAAAGUGUUUUCUGUUUCAAAUCGAAGGAUCACUACUUUAUCUGGACCUGCCGGUGACUUUCUUAGUUUUGUGUGCUCAGAUUCCACGAUGAAGUGAACGCGCGUUUUCACUCUGGCCUCCUUCAUAUCGGGCCACAUCUGUAAAUUUGCUGCUGUGCAAUAAACGUCUAAAACCA